GGGAGGUGUAAGGGGGCACGCGGGCGGAGGACUGUUUCUCCAUAGUAACAAUGACAAAACAGGGCAGUUCGGCACCAGGCAGCAAAGGGAUCAUUUGAAUCCUGAGCUGUGGAGUCUCGCUCACAUGCGGGGGAGAGGGCGGACCGGCCCGGAGAGAGGACUUCAUAAAGUUGGAGGAAAACGAAGCUCCCCGAAGGUUUCAUGUGAGUCUUUUCUAGCGCGAAACCAAGUGAGGGGCCGCUCGCUCGCUCGCUCGCUCGCUACGGCACCUGCCGGCACCUUCCUACCCCCCAGCAUGGACCGGGACAGUCACAGCGAGGACACGCUGUCCACCAUGGUCCUGGAGAACAUCAAGAACAAGCUCAUCCACGCCUUCAGGACCACGGGGGAGUCGAGGGUCGGGGCCCCGGGCUCCGGACCCCCCGUCAGGCCGCUCGGCGUGGGCCGGAGUUACCAGGCCAACGAGGAGCUGCGGAGGGCGCAGAUCGACGGAGCCAUCACCUGGCUGCGCUCCGAACUGCGGCGGUUUGAACGGCCUUUGUGAAGGAGACGUGAACUUUCCUGUGUCGGAGCUGGAGGCGCAGGUGCACGAGGAGCCGGAGCAGUUUACUCACCCUCACAGUUCAAAGACACAAUUCAUGCGUUACUUUUACAGUGAUGAUCAAAAGACUGCGAUGUGAGAAUCAACAGGCUUGAGAACAGUUUCUAAAGUGACUUAAACACAGUGAUAAGGAGGCGCUGCUGCCGCUGCUGCUGAUCUCCAGAGGCCUGUUAUUAAACGGACCAGGACGCCUUUGUCUUUGCUGCCCGUCAGGUCCACACCGUCUCUAUGUGCUCAGGACUCCUGGUUGCCAUGACGAGCUGUCCGGGUGAAUGCACCAAAUGCCAAGUGAUGUAUUAGGACGUGACAAUGAGCCACACACGUGGACACAUGUCCACACAGCCUUUAUGACGGGAGACGGGGCUUCAAUUUAAAUCCAUGUUGUUUUUGUCAUUCACUCUCAAUUCACCAUGUUAAUUAUAUUAUUCAUUUGAAUUUAAAUAUCUUUUUGCUUUAAGUAUGAACACAACCGAUGCAUAAAACACUUCCCGUUGCCUCCACAUUUGACAGUUUUACGUAACUGUUCGGAACGCGUGCAGUGUGUUUUUUCCUACCAGCUCC